AAGCCGAGGAGCUGGUUUCUUUCUGAAUACCAAGGAAUAUUUGGCAGAUACAGAAGAAACUUUGAAGCCGGGGAGUUGGUUUCCUGCUGUUGCCCAAUGCUGCUGAAGGACCACUGUCACUUACCAGAAGAAUGAAACAAACUUUCACAAAACGUGUCAACAUAUCAUUACAAAAUUGAGUAUAUAAGGAGAGUUUGAUUCGAUAAGUAAUAUUCAUCACCUAAAAGUUAUAAUACACUAGUGAAAUGGAUGUUAUCUUACCAAGAACUAAUAUUUUCUUACAUACAAGUACAGAAAUCGUUCAUUAAGAUAGUUACAAGAUAUUAAAGCAGAAAUCCAAGAUGGCUGGUGAAUUUAUGUCAACCCCGAGUUGGCUUACAGUAGAAGUAGAUGUAGUAAACACAUCUUUGUUUGGCAACACCUCCAGCAACGAGACUCAGUUUAACUGUACCACAGACCCGCCAAACUUCUUCUUCUUGACGCAAAUUCUCUACGCUCUUGUCUGCAUCGUGGGUCUCUUCGGAAACUCGUUAGUCAUCUACGUCGUGUUACGCUUCAGCAAAAUGCAAACAGUUACUAACAUGUACAUUGUCAACUUGGCAAUCGCUGACGAAUGUUUCCUGAUAGGAAUUCCAUUCUUAAUCGUCACGAUGAGUCUUCAAUCCUGGGUGUUUGGAGAGAUAAUGUGCAAGAUUUACAUGACUACGACUAGCAUCAACCAGUUCACCAGUAGUAUAUUUCUCACGAUUAUGUCAGCUGACCGAUAUGUAGCAGUAUGUCAUCCUAUUUCCGCUCCGAAAAUUCGAACUCCGAUGAUUUCUAAAGUGGUUUCAUUUUCUGCUUGGACCGCCAGCGUAUUCCUGAUGAUUCCAGUCGUGAUGUACUCCAGCAUAAUGAACAACAGUUGCAACAUAAUUUGGCCCGAGAUGGAAAAUCUUAGUGGGCAGACCGCGUUCACUCUGUACUCUUUCAUUUUAGGGUUCGCCAUCCCACUGAUGCUUAUAUUCUGCUUUUACGUGCUCGUGAUUAGAAAGCUGAGGACAGUUGGGCCUAAAAACAAAUCAAAAGAGAAGAAAAAGUCGCACAGGAAAGUAACAAAGUUAGUACUCACUGUCAUCACUGUUUAUGUAGUCUGCUGGCUGCCCUACUGGAUUACACAAGUAGCGUUGAUUUACACACCACCGAAACAAUGCCAAUCCCACUUUGCCAUCACCAUCUUCCUCCUAGUAGGAAUCUUAAGCUACUCAAAUUCAGCCAUGAAUCCGAUUUUGUACGCUUUCCUGAGUGACAACUUCAAGAAGAGUUUCCUGAAGGCCUGCACUUGCGCUGCAGGAAAGGAGGUGAACGCGACUCUUCACAUGGAGAACAGUGUUUUCCCCAGGAGGCAUAACCGUGGAGGCUCCGAGCGGUUGAGGCCUACUAAAGGUCCUACUGCCAUCAUCUGCCAAGGGGGAGCGGACGACGAGCACGGCGAGACUGGACCUUUAGUCAGCAAGACGGAUCACUCCACAGCGAUGACGUCACGCUCCAAUGUCACGGUGACUAGUGACACCAAAGAUAGCGCGGUGACUACGCCGGUGAAGAACGGAGUGAAGAUCAUCCUUCCUCCGACCAACCUCUAGGACACAUUCUCCUCCAGGGACACAGUGGUCAGUGGUGUGCUGGAGAGUGCAAUGUAACCUGGAGGAUCUUCUGACUACACGAAAUACUGUGAUAACCAACCAAACGUGAAAUGGCUCUAAUAGUCGUUACCAAAGAAGCUAUCAUAAGUUAUGUCUUGUUUAUGUACCAACAAUCUUUCGUUGACUCUCUUUUUGAUUAAAUGUACGCCGAUUUAUUUGUACUAUAAUGCUGAAAACAUUGUGCUGUUCAUUAACGACCACCACAAAAACAGUAUUAUAUAAAUUGAUACAAACGUACAAUUAUUUUCAAUGAUUUUUACUUUUUUACUUUUUAACGAAAUGUAAACAUUUGUUUAUAAUGUUUGACAAAUAUUUUGAUAUUACUUUGAUUUUAAUGUACAGAGACUGCUAAGAUAUACGAUACUGUUGUUGUAUGUGCAGUAGAAUGUGGAUAUUAUUUAUCUGGUCUCUCUCUUCAACAAUUAGUACCGAGCCCCGUACAACAUUUUGUUGAAGAGGAAGAUUAAUUCAACUUGUGUAUUUUAAAAUUCAAAAUAUUGGACUUUUAGGUGGAACAUGUAAUCGAGAUGUUUUUUAUUAGCAGCAUUCAAUGAAUAAUACAACAUUUUAAUCGAAUUCCGGAUAGAGUAUUGAGAACAUUCUCACAAAAAUUUUAAAUCCAAAAUUAAUAAUGUUAUGUAUUUUUUUCAGUAGCAAAUAGAAAAACUUAAAAUAAAUUUCAAGACAAACGACUGUUUUUUUUCUCUCUACAAAUCGCAAUAUUACAUGAAAAGAGGCUUAAAAAAGCUCUGUGGAAUCAAAUUCUUAUAAAAGUAUUUUUUUCUUUAUAACAAAAUUUAUUUAUACCUUGUGAUAUUUUAUUUACAAUAUACUCUAUAGUAUUAAGUAUGUGAUUUUAGAUCGUAGGGUUACGUGUAAGUCAAUUAAACGUCUGAGUAUAUGUUUAUUUCCAUGAGAAACCGUGUACAGUGUUAAUAGAUGUGAAAUCGUUUAUUUAAACUCCUGACCAUAUCAUAAUUUAAAAUAAGGGUGUUAAUGUGAAAAUCAUUGUUAAGACAUUCUUUCGAUGUAAAAUCCAUUUUCAACCACGAAACGCUUAUUGUAAAUACAUCAUUGUCGACUUUUCCUCAAAAGAGAAUUAAUAUGUAUAUUUCAAUCAUGUUUUUAUAAUUUUGAAUCCUGCACAUAUUAUUGUAGUGAUAGUUCAUCGAUUGAAGAAGUAUUGGAUGCGAAUCAAGUAGUAAAUAUUCUUUUAAGAUGGAUUAUAUUCAUUCUUUUGAUUAUUUUAUGGUAAAUAUAAUUUAUUGAAAGUGCAAUGUUAUGAUAAUCUAAACAAAAAUCAAGCCAGAUCGUGGUGAAUGUAUCUGGCCCAAGAAACUAAUUUUUUACUCGUUUUCAUAGUCAACAACAGUUUGAAGCUUUACUGCACAGAAGAAGUAUGUUAAAUUAAAAAUUAUAUUCCAUUGUGCAAAGUUAAUAAUCCAACAGUAUUGACAUAUAACAUAACCAUUCAAUCAAGGAUUAGUUUGUUGGGUAUAUUUUAUUUCCAUACCCAAAGGUAAAAUAUUUGGCUUUUCUACACUCUUUAAGAAUGUAUUUAAAUCAGUUUCUUGAUAGUAGCAAUGAUUAAAUUAUUCAAAUUUGUGAUUAAAACUGUUAAUAUGGCAAAAAUAAACAUAUUUUGUACACUAAAAAUAAUAUUACGUAUUUUUUUCUUAAAUUUAUAUUUACCACUUUUGUGCAAGGGAACUGUCUAGGCCUAAUCGGAUUCAACUCGUUUCUUACUUAGAUUACUAGGUGUGUCAUCUACAAGUAUUAAAUUACUGUUUUCUGGAUGUAAAAGAAAUAAAGGUUUAUGUAUACAUGUAUGAGUACGACAUGUGCUUAAAAAAGCAGGGUAUUAGUUGUAAAAAUGUAAUUUGAAAUAUACUAUAUGCUCAUUU